AUGAACCUUUUUCUAUUUGACCCCAAUGGCUAUGAGAAGCUCUACAAUUGUAGUGCUUAUAAAGUAGAGGAUGUUCCUAUUGAGAAAAGGCAGGAUAUUGUUUGGGGACUCAUUUUUGUUAUUAUGUUUGUUUUAUAUGAGCUUCUUUAUCUCCCUUGUAUCUACUCAAUAACAAAACAUUUAGAUCAGGCUUGUUAUAAAUUUAUGCUUUUUAUUGGAAUUGUUGAUAUCAUAUGUUUACCAGUCUGCGCAUUAAUUCAUGGAUAUUUUGCUAUUACAGGUGCUGUUUUCUGUUCUCAUCCAACAUUUAUUUACUUGGCUGGAAGCUUUGGAUUUUUUUUUUGGGUUAUUGAAAGCAGCGGAGAUAUUAUUUUGGCAGUUAAUCGUUGUGUAGAAGUAAUUAGUCCAAUUUGGGGGGAGAGGCUUUACAACGGGAAAAGGGCCUGGUUGUGGAUGUUGCCCCCAAUGAUUUAUGGGUUAUACGUUCUUUUUUAUACCAAACCUAUUUUAUUUUCUGGAAUUUAUUUUGCUUGGUUUUUUAAUCCACAUGUUGGAUAUAUUGAUGACUUUGGCCUUGUGUAUAACAACCCAAUACAAACAUUUCACAACUGGCUAGUCACCUUCGGUCUCUCAUCCUCCUAUAUUGUUUUCACCACUGUAUUUUUUAUUCGCGCAACUCGUGGUAACAACAGAACCUCUCUUGCACAAAAAAUGUCAUUCCUUCAAGUUUUGGCUAUUUCCAUUGUAAAUAUUGCUACUGGACUUAUUUAUAUUUAUAUGCAGGUAAAUAAUGAGGGAGAGGAAGGGACUAGUGGUAGGGAUUAACGUGCAGUCAAAAAUUAAUAAAAUAGCUAAAUGUAGGCCUAGAGCCUUGAGAUUUUGCACAGUCGUCUU